GUUUGAAGAUGGAUUAUAAUUUUAAUGAAGGAAUCUAGAUUAUAUAAAGAUAGAGAAGAUGGUUAGAUGCCACUUAAUAAAUCUCAAUAACUUAUGGUGAAGGAGAGAUUAAAAGCUCAUUAGCAAAUUUAGUUGUCCGAAUUAAAAAAUGAACAACUCUAAUAUAUGAAGGAGAGAGCAUAUUGGACGAUUGGCGAGGAAGUGAUAUUGUUAAAGUAUGUAAAAAGUCAUGAUGGACUAUAAUGGAAUUGGGAUGGAUUGAAAUAAAAGUUAAGAAAAAAAGAUGGAAAUGAUUGUCAAAAGCGAUAUGAUGAAAUAAGAAGACCAUAGGAUGGAGAAUACGAGAAGCCUGAGACUCCCAUUGAUAAAAGUUGGGAUUAGAAAAAGGAGAGCAUUUUAUUAUAUUGCUAUAUGAAAUAUCAAGGUCAAUGGGGAAAAAUCUAAAAGCGAAUUAAUGAAUUUAGCAUUUAAGAAUUACAAGAGAAAUUAGCUGAAGUAAUUAAAUAUUUUAAGUUUUAGAUUUAAAGUGCAAGGAGGUUGAACAAUUAGUGGAAUGUAUUUGGAGACUUUCAAUUAUUAGAAGGAAUAAUGAAGAAUAAGAAAUUAUAGGAACUAGAAGGUUAAUUGGGGAAGAAUUAAGAAGAAAUAACCAAUCAUGUGAAGGAAAUUUUGGAAGAUUUAGGAAAGAAAUUCAGGAUAACAGAAAAUGAUUACGUGAGUGAUAAAUCAGAGGACUCCGAAUAGAUUCGAGAAAGAAUCCAAAUUGUAAGUAGCAAUAAUAGUGAAGGAAGUGGAUACAAUAGCUCAGAUAAUUGA